GGUAAAGGAUAGUUCUUUCAUAAACAGGUUUUUCUUCUACUGAAUCAGAAGUAUGACCACCACAGUUAACUGGCAACAAAAACUUGCGAGGAUGAGCAGCUACGACCCCCAGCUUGACUUGUCGGGCAAACUGAUCAUCAAGGUGCAGUUAGGAGAGGACAUCCGCCGUAUCCCUAUCCAUAAUGAAGACAUCACCUAUGAUGAGCUGGUUCUCAUGAUGCAGAGAGUGUACAGAGGCAAGCUCAACAGCACAGAUGAUAUCACCAUUAAGUAUAAGGAUGAAGAUGGAGAUCUGAUAACAAUAUUUGACAGCUCAGAUUUAUCCUAUGCUAUACAGUGCAGCAGAAUUUUGAAAAUUACACUAUUUGUAAAUGGAUUGCCAAAGCCCCUGGAGCAUGAUGAAGUGAAGUACAUCAAGCAGGAGUUACGGCGGUUACGGGACACUGUGAACAGGGUACUGGACAGGUUAGAGCCUCCCCAGAGCGUUACUAGUACUGCAGAGGUAUCACCUGUCAAUGAAAUGAAUGGCCCACCAGGUCAGGCUGUUGAAAGCCCACGUCACCUCCCUGUCAAGGCCAGUGUCCCAAAACAGGCAAAUGUAGCUCACAGCAAAGAGUUCGACCCAUUAUCUGCCCAAAGAUCUGUUGAGGAGACUCAGAGUAAAGUGAUGUCUUCAUUCGGAAUAGCUAAUGAUGCAUCGUCAUCAGAGUUGCAAGACAGAGCAGGCACACCAGACAGCAUAUCCAGUGCUGGCUCAUCAGCAUACAGACAACAACAGCUACAACAACAACAGUUACAGCAGCAACAACAACAACAACAGGCACAGCCUGGCGUGCCAGUCCAACAGACACAGCCUGGUGCUCCUCCUCAGCCUGCUCAGCCCUACCAAUCGCAGCAGCAGCAGACUCCGACUCAGACCACACAAGCAGCACCACAACAACAGGGUUUGGCUGCUCAAGGCCAUCCUGGAUAUGGAGCCCCUGGCCAACCAGGUUACCAGGCAGGCUAUCCAUCCCAGUAUGGCCAGCAUGCCACCACCCAGGGAGGAGCCCCACAGCAGUCAGGCUACAGCCCUGCAGCCCAGCCUCCGACUUCACAACCUUACCCUCCAACCGGACAGCAAGGUUUCCCUGCCCCAGCAUCCCAAGCAGGCUAUGGGUACAACCAGGGGCAGACGACAACUCAGCAGGGUCAAGCAUACCAGCAAGGCUUUCAGGCUCAGGGCCAUCAGCAGCAGUAUGCAGGAAACUAUACACCACAGUCUGGAGCUCCGGGACAGGCCCCUGGACCAGGGGGAGCUAACCCUUAUUCCCGUGGCCCAGGGCAGGGUGGCUAUGCAGCUUAUCCCCGGCAACAGGGACAGUACCCACAAGGCUAUAGAUAAAAGACAAAAAGCAAGGUGUACAUACUGAAUAUAUGUCCCUGAUAUUGUGUAUAUGGAGAUCAUGUGUACAUACUUUCCGGUCACACCAUAUACUGUUACCUCUGACAUUCGGUUGUAGCUGGAGUAUUUUGAUGGUUGUAUAGAGUAAUGAAAUUCUAAUUUUACAAUUGAUUGAAUUUAUUCCCCACCUGUUUUAUUACUAAUUUUUUUGGGGGGUCAACAAUAAUUGAUUUUGCUGCAUGUUCAACAUAAUUACUCUAGCUGAGCCUUAAUCUUAUGGUGCAUUCAGUUUCCUAAGGGCAUUGUCUGUUUAGUGACAUAUUUAGUUGUAUUAAACUUGUGCCUGACAUAUUGUGUGCACCAUCAUAGUGAAAACAUACACAUGGCUAUAGAAAAUGCGCUUGGUGCUUGUGCUAAAUGGGAUCCAGGAGAUACACAGCUUAAAUGCAAUGUCACACGCCUGUUAAAACACACACCUGUAAUAAGCUAGAAGUCUACGCAAUAAGUACAUGGUUUUCAUUCAACAUUUCAAAAUGUCAGUCCCAAAUAAAUUAUCACAUUUUUGUGUUCAUGUACAUGCAA